AUGGCAAAUUUCUAUGGUAUCUCCAUGAUAAUCAUAGUGUUCUUAGCCUUCAAGGGCAUGGUAAUUGUGCCCGUACUUGCAUCAAGGAACAUCACACCUGCUCCUGCUCUUGCUCCUGAACCAGAUUCGGAACUACCAAUACCACCUGAACCUCGACCGGGAUAUUAUCAUUAUCUAGACACUUGCACAAAACAUAUACAUGAUGACAAAUGUGGCCUAGAAAUCAUUAAAGGGUUGGAUGGAAAAGGCAAAGUUAGCAAGGAUUGUUGCCUUCAACUGGUAGAAAUGGGAUAUGAUUGCCACAUUGCAUUGGUUGAAGCACUUGGACUGAUUGCUGCAGAAGAUGCAGAUCCAGCUUAUCCAAAGUUUGAACAAUUUAAUGAAGGUCUUCCCAAGACUGGUCCAGAGGUGUGGAACCAGUGCGUGAAAGAUACUGUUAGUCCUCCCCUCCCUCUUAUCAAUUAG